AUGAGAAAUAACAGGCACAAGCAUGAACAGAAUAUGAUGGAGCAAGAUCGUCUGGUAGAACUUUUGAAGCGUGACAUCGAGGCUCAUAACAAAAUCAAACGUAAACUUUCCGUGCAGUUAGAACGGAGAAAGAACGAACUUCGGGAAUUUAUGUUGGAGAAACAAUCCUGUAUGAAUGAAGUAGCCACAGUAGUGGUCCUGCGAUACGAUCAGAUCAGAGCAGCGGCUAUCCGCGGCUGCACUGGUCCUCAGGGUCUGUCACAGGCCGUUGUAUUCCCUGAAGCGUUGCUCAGUCGACUAAGAAAACGAGUGCUUGAACUUUUGGAAGAGAUCAAAGAACAGAAGUUGAGACAAAAGAUAAACCGCACACACCUGUUCCGUAUGAACGUAGACCUGCGAGCGAUGGAGGCCGAGGCAACGGAGCUGCGCGCGCAGAUGAGGGACGUGCUGACGCGCAAGCUGGGCCGGCCGCGCAAGGUGGACCGCACGCUCGACGACUUGCUGCGCCAGCUGGCGCGCCGACACAAGUACGCGGUCUCAUACGCCACGCUGCCGCACGUUGUGACGCAGCUAAGGACCUGGAGCGAACGACACAGUUCACUCGAAAAGAAAUAUCUGGCAGCUCUGAAUCAUUAUUCUGAUCGCCUCCGAGUAGCAGCAGCGCUACAAGCACAAGUUCUGCCGCAAAAGCCUACGAAGGAUCCUGUUGAAAUGCCUGGUGGUUACAACCCGGAAGUGUAUAAGCGCGACGUAAUGCGCCUACUCAUAGUGCGACAAAGACAAAAUGAGCAAAUCAAGCAACUACGAGAAGAGAUUGCAAGUCUCCGACAGAAGCCGCUUUCCUAUAGGGCUCCACAUGCAACCUUCACACCUACUGAGCCAGAGCAAUCGGACAUUUACCUGUUCAUGGUACCUCGGUCCCUUAAGCAACAUCGGAGGAAAUACUUCCCUAUAACGCCUUUAGGCUCAACAACGAAAUUUUCACCUGAAGUAAAUGUAACAACUCUUUUAUACGACUGCCUUGAUGCGAUGCGUAUCUCACGAGACGAUGCGGAGCUCCUAAAAUGUUCUCGAUACGAAUUGGUUGAUACUACCGUCCGAAAGUGGCUGUUGAAAGCUGGUGGCGACCCCACUCAGUACAAGACACAAACUCGAGCAUUUGAUGCUUUAGCUGCCUUAGCGGAUCGUUUGGUCCGGCAACAAAUUGAAGUAAUGGAAGCCCCGGAUGAUGCAGAAGGCAUCAUAGGUGAUUUAGAAGAUGCCCUCAGGGAUAUGACGGACGAAUCGAAUUCGCUAGCUGACCGACUCGGACCAGCCAUCGCUACAUUAUUACAUUCCGCACACUUCACGACUAUGGAAGAUCCUGAGACUCUCGCUUCUCUCGUGAAAUCUGUCACGGAUGAAAACCAUCCCAUUACUAAGGACAGUGUUGAGCGAAUUUGUUCCUAUGACGUCCUUCAAGAUAUUAAAGAAUGUGGUGUUGACCUGCCAACUGAAGAACUACAAAAAGUCGUGGAGUGUGCAAUGGACGCUAUUAGAGCUCAAAUAGUCGAACCAUCAGAAAUUUCAGAAGUCCAAAAAGAAGUUCAUAGGGUGUUGAAAGAGAAAGACAUUGAGGCGAUGAUCAAGAAAAGCAUCGUCAACACCUAUUCAGAUCGUAAAACACUUGAUAGUGAAACGUCUUAUAUUCGUAAAUGUAAAUCUGUCGGAGAUACAGAUCCCAAAUCAAUUUUGACAACCGCGCCUACAUCGGAUCACAAAGGCUUACAAACCCGUGUAUCUAUAGCCACUCCAAAUAUCCUUGGUAAAAGUAUGACUUUAUCAGAGCAUGAUAAACACGAACCGUCUUCUUACCCAAAGAAGUUGAGCACUAUGUCAUUGGACGAACGCAAGUCGUUAGCAACCCGAGUUUCCGCAAGUAUUCUGGGACAGGACAAAUCAAGUCAAUCAAUCAGUGGUGUCAAGGAAAAACCUAGCGUUCAAAUUGACAUUCCUGCAGAACAACACGAACAGACAGAAGGUGAACAAACGGAAGAAGAACCAACAAAAGACCAAUAA